UUCAAAAUACAACAUAUACAAAAAAAAAUUCUAAAUUUUUAUUAUAUGAUUAAUAUAAUUGUGUAAUUUAUUUUAAUAAUAAAUAAUUAAACAAAAAUGCUAGAAAGUAUACAUAUUGUUAGCAAAUAUUUAUUAUUUAAAAUCAUUAAUUGCCAUAGAUAUCUUAAUCACAUUAAGUAAUUCUGUAGAUUUUAUUUAAAGAAAUAAUAUAUAUAAUUUCAAUCUGAUAAAAGAAUGGUCCAUAAUGGACAUACUAUAUAAUAUAACAUUCACUAGUAAUUUAAUUUUGGACUAACAAAAUUCUUAAUUGAUUCUCAAGGCGACACGUAAGAAAAAUUAGUAUUUCAACUACGUGACAACUCAGCAGGACACUUUUUUAAUUAGUACAAAUUACAGGUUAUAACUUAUAAAAUGUUUCUCUAUUAAUAUAUAGGAGAUUAUUUGACAUCAUUGUUUAGUGUACUAAGAGUUCCUUCUUGCACAGAUCAAGUAUCCUACUGGUAGUAUCUUCUGUCAGCUGGUAUCAUUGGAGCUAUGUACAGGUAAAAUAGAGUGGUGGAAUCUACUUGCGCGAAUGCUCGAUAGUUCUCCUAAAUUGCAAAUCCUCAAGCUGAUCCCUGUAAGCCAUUUCAUUAGGCAAUUAUCCUCUGUGAGUGGAAAAUGGAUCCAACCUAAAUGUGUACCAGAAUGUUUGGUGUUGAAUCUUGAGACAUUUGUGUGGAAAAGAUACAAAUGGAGACAAGAAGAUGAGAAAGAAUUGGCUACAUACAUUCUACAAAACUCGAGAUGUUUGAAGAAAGCAAUUUUCUCCACAAACAACCCGGAAAAGUUGGAAAAGUUGGGAAAGAGACGUGAGAUGCUCAAUGAGUUGACUUGUGUUGUCAGGGCUUCUUCAAAUCCGAGUGAUCAUCACUUGAGCUUUUACUAUGCUGUUUUGGCCAUUGCAAAUCUUUCAUUUUGAGAUAUUCAGAUAUAAUUUAAAGAGCAGGAGGUGUGGAAAAACACAAAGCUGGGAGUGAGAAAUCAUUCAGUUUUCUGAUGAAAGUUGAAAUUGGAUUUUUGAAUAGUAACGUCUUUUUAGAUGAAUGAAAAACAAGUAGUAUAAUCAUCAUAUUGAUUUGGAUAGGCCGUUUAACUUUUCCUUUUGUUACAAUAACGAGUAACUUAUGGAACUAUCCAAACUAGUAUGCAUUGAAUGAAAAUCUAUGUUUUGCAAAUUGCAAUGAUAGAAGUUUGUUAAUUUUAUUUUUGAAAACCAUUCUAGAAUCAAAUUCAGAUUUGUUUCAAGAAUCUGCAAUAUGUAAUCUUAGACAAACCAAUAUAAAAUAAUGCGACUGAGAAAACUGAUAAGAUACCUAUAGAUGUGUUGAAAUGAUAACAACAUAUUGAUGAUACAUAACACUGAAAUGGUUUCCUUUUUUUGUUUCUUUUGUAAAUACAUUUAAAUUGUUCCAUGAUUUUGUUUCUAUAAAAAUGGAUUUUAUUUUUGUAUUUCUUAACCAUUAUAGUAUUUUCUAAUGGAUUUAGCAAUAUUUACAUGUCUUCUUUAUUAUAUUUAACUGAUUGAGCUUCAGAUAUAGUCAACCACCAUAUCGUAACAAUGCUAUGUUGCUUAUACAUGAACUGUCAGUACCAGUCACAGCAGCUGUAGUAAGACGCCACAAGGG